CCAUAACUCUGGCCUCGACUGGUGGUUGUGUCAGCUUGAGACUUCGGUUAGCAUCACCCCUGAUGGACACGGCAGCAAGAUGAGGGACGGGACGUUUCUCGAAGCCUCGUCAUGGCUUCAACGCCGCAGCAUAAUAACCCUACGCCUGUCCGUCGGGAUCUUGACGACUGAGACAAGCGCAUUCCAUCGAUCAGUCAACAACGAGCAAUACCAAACACAACACAUCAACUACGCGAACAAGAUCUUCAAGCGACAAUAUGCCGUCCAUCAUUUCCAUCCUCGCUCUCAGCAUGGCGACCAUCGCCCUUGCUGCCCCCAUCGACACUCUGCCUGCAAACAUGGCCGUGGCCCGCGACGAUAACGGCGUCGCUCACUUGGACUACAUCUACACCCAGAAGGAAAGAAGAGAGGAAGAUGGAGCAGCCCACUUGGAUUACAUAUACACCCAAAAGGAACGCAGAGAGGAAGAUGGAGCCGCUCACUUGGAUUACAUCUACACUCAAAAGGAAAAGAGAGAGGGAGACAGCCCAGCCCACUUGGACUACAUCUACACCCAAAAGGAGUAGAAAAUAUCCCUCACAACCACGACGACAACGACUUCACGAGUUCUGAUCAAUCGGGCAACGAAAGACCAUGGCAAGCGAGGGCUUUAACUUUUCGGGCUCAUUCGCAGCCCGAUCAAAGCGCGGACAUAUGCGGCCGCGCGGACCGCGGUCAAACAUGUGCGCACGGAGACAUUCGUUUUGCUAGCUAGUGUGAUGGUGCAGUAUGUAGUAGCGUUAGUGCACAGUAACAUCGAUCUUACUGUGCAAUGUGGGCCCGAGUGGUCAUCCACAGAGAUACACAAUAAUCAACAGUCACCACUCGCAACGAAACGUGUUUCGGGGCAACAAUGGCUGAUUUUUGAGGGCUCGUUAGGGUUCACUAAUCAUACACACACC